UGUAAACAUGGAGGAGGUACCACUUAUAACAUGGACUCAAAAGAUUGUCUUAUAUGAAACAAAAGCACGCUACUACAUUGUUGGAUCAAAUAAAUCUGAAACAAGAUAUCGAGUGCUGAAGAUUGACAGGACUGAGCCUCGAGACUUGGUUAUUCAUGAUGACAAGGUUGAAUACAAUCGCAGUGAAAUCCGCAGUGUUCUAUCCAUGAUUGAUGGAGGCAACAAACCCAAGAAACAGGGAUCUAAUUCUGCUGGACUAUCUAAAAACAUCUCAGCUUUUGGCAUUGCGGGUUUUGUGAGAUUCCUGGAAGGCUACUACAUGAUCCUUGUGACCAAACGUAAGAGAGUGGCUCUUAUUGGCUCCCAUUCUGUAUAUAAAGUUGAAGAUACUUCCAUGCUGUACAUUCCCAAUGAUACUGUUAGAUAUGCUCAUCCUGAUGAGAGUAGGUACGUGAAAAUGUUUCAAACAGUGGAUUUGUCAAGCAAUUUUUAUUUCAGCUACAGCUAUGACCUGACACACACGCUACAGUUCAACAUGACACCAGUACUCAGCCCAGACACAGCCGUCCCCCUGAGUCGCAGUGAAAGCAAGCCUGGCCACCAUUUUCCCAAACGCUCAUCUAUCUGGGAGAACGAUGAACCGUCCACCACAACAGCUGAUCUAAAGGAAGAUAUUUGUAUUGAUGAGGUGAAUAAUUUGACCCUGGACCACAGUGCCUUAGAUGUGCAGGAGAGGGAGACUAAAACAGAACAAGUGAUGUAUGGGAUCAAGAAUGCUCCUUGUAGGAAAUAUGUGUGGAACAAUUAUUUGCUUCGGGGAUUUGAAAACAGUGUUCAUUCAGACUGGGUCCUGUAUAUAAUACAUGGGUUCAUAGGACAAAGCAAUGUAUGUGUGUUUGGGAAAUCUAUUUACCUUACUUUGAUUGGUCGGCGGUCUAAUCAGUAUGCGGGAACAAGAUUUUUGAAGCGAGGAGCAAAUGAUGAAGGAUAUGUUGCCAAUGAGAUAGAAACGGAACAAAUUCUGCAAGAUACUUCAGUCACAUUUCUUGGGCAUGGGAAAGUCUCCUCAUUUGUCCAACAUCGAGGUUCUGUCCCUUUGUUCUGGUCACAAGACAUCUCCAAGAUGGUCAAACCUCCCAUCACAUUGGACCAGAGGGACCCAUAUUCUGGCGCCGCCGGGAUGCAUUUUAACCAGUUGCUGUGCAGAUAUGGUGCUCCAAUUAUUGUUCUUAAUCUUGUCAAGACACGUGAGAACAAGCGCCAUGAGAGCAUCCUGAGUGAAGAUUUUAUUAAAGCCAUUGACUAUCUGAACCAGUUCUUGCCUACAGAGUAUGGCAUUCAGUACAUCGGCUUUGAUAUGGCUAGAGUCAACAAAAGGAAAGAUGCCGAUGUUAUGCUCAGGCUAAAUCGUAUUGCCCGCUACUGCAUGAAACAGACAGGAUUUUUUCUAAGCGUUCAGCCUUCACAAGCUCAAUAUUUGCUCAAGGAUCCAGAGUUGAGGAGUCUGAAAGGUGUGUGGGGACCUCGAGGAAGUUUGCAGACAGGUGCAGUAAGGACAAACUGUGUGGACUGUCUGGACAGGACCAACACUGCCCAGUUUGCUUUGGGGAGAAGUGCUCUGGCUUAUCAGCUUUACGCCAUGGGAGUCCUAGAAAGCCCUCACUUGGACUUCGAUACAGACUGUGUUAAGAUGCUGGAAGAGCUGUAUGAAGAUCAUGGAGACACCCUGGCUCUCCAGUACGGGGGUAGCCAGCUGGUCCACCGCAUCAAGGGCUACCGUAAGCUGGCCAGGUGGACCUCCCACAGUCGGGACAUCAUGCAGACCCUCUCACGCUACUACAGCAACAACUUCUCUGAUGUAGAAAAGCAGCAAGCUUUCAACCUAUUCCUGGGAGUGUUCAUCCCUGUAGAAGGGAAGCCAAACCUUUGGGACUUGCCUAGUGAUUAUUACCUUCAUAACAAAGCUUCAAUGGGAAUUCCAUUCCAACGCAACCAUUACUGUCAGUGGUGGGAGUCUGGAGUGUGGACAAGCUUACCCCUCCCCCGGGACGAAGUGUCCAAACCAAAAAGUGCUCAGGCCACCAUAAUGGCCGUCCCCCAGACAGACGAACACGUGAACCUGUUUCAUGAACAUUACAGACCUACAGAGCUGACGUCUUUUGAUGAGAUGUACCAGCUUUAUCUGUCACAUGCGUGUUGGAAACAUUUACCCAAAAAUUCUUUAGACUUUAGUCCAUUUUCUGUUAGACACUCCACCGACAACACAGAGAGAGAAUCCAACCCUAACAUCUCUGGGAAAGAUUCAACAUCCUCCACAACAUCCUUUGGAUCUGAGGGGAGUUCGGAUACAACGGAUGACUCGGAUGUUGAAGGAGGGAUCCAGCUGUCUGAGUCCUCUAGUGAUCAUGGAUCUGAAGAUGAGAACAAUUUCAUUUCAUUCCAGGAUCUUUUCCCAUCCAUGAAAACAGUUUAUGACACAGAAAUUACAGAACCAAACUCUAGGGAUCAGAAAAUUUAUGAAAGGUAUGUGGAUAUAGGUAAAGGUACCAAGAGUCAUCAUGAAAGUGUCCCCACUCCACUAGUAGACAUUGAACAGCUGAUGACGCUAACUGAUGAAAAUUCUAAGCGCAGGGGAAGCAAUGACUCCACUCCAGGAAAACACAAGCAAGUUCUACCAGGGAUUGAUAUAUUCCCAAUCUCCGCCUUCAAGCUGGACAGUACGUUUUACGUGGAACCUCCCCCUGUCAGCAAACAGGCCAGGGAUUUGUACGCAGCUUAUGUACAACGUGGCAAGUUGGGGGCAGGGUCAGUCUCUGACACAGACAGACACGCCUACAUUAAAUACGUCAACAGGAAAUAUCUGUGAUAACUUUUGUUUGACAACUGUGAUUAGGUUUUAUUAAUAUAUUUUUACUGGUC